AUGGCCUCCAUGGACAAGAUACUUGCGGCGUACAAAGAGCGUGUCGCAUUGCAUGAAGCUGGUACAAGUCCCUUCGCAAAGGGCAUUGCUUGGAUAGAGAACAAGCUCGUCCCUCUUCAUGAAGCACGCAUUCCGAUUCUCGACCAAGGUUUCUGGCACAGUGAUCUUGCUUACGACGCACCAGCCGUCUGGAAUGGCCGGUUCUUUCGCCUCGACGAUCACAUUGACCGCCUUGAUGCCAGCUGUGACAAGAUAUUACUCAAGUCGCCUCUCCCAAGAGACGAGAUGAAGCGUAUCCUAUGCGACAUGGUCUCCAAGACUGGACUCCGCGACGCCCAGGCCGUCAUCAUUGUCACACGGGGCUUGACAGACGUGCGUGGCUGGGACCCAAGGAAACUCGUCAACAACUUAUACAUGUUUGUCAAGCCAUAUGGUUGGUUGAUGCAGCCAGAGAACCAUUACGCUGGUGGCAGCGCCAUGGUCGCCAGGACAGUCCAUCGUAUCCCUCCCGGAGCCAUUGAUCCAACGGUCAAAAACCUUCAAUGGGGUGACUUGAUACGAAGUGUUCUCGAGGUGCAAGAUUGUGGUGCCACAUAUCCAUUCCUGACAGAUCAAGAGGGCAACUUGACUGAGGGCCCCGGGUUCAACAUUCACCUUGUCCAGGAUGGCGUAAUAUACACUCCUGACCGAGGGGUGCUCCAGGGCAUCACGCGGAGAAGCGUCCUUGAUCUGUGCAAGGCCAACGGAGUGGAAAUCCGCGUCGACGUAGUGCCCGUUGACAUGGUCUACCAGUGUGAAGAAAUAUUCCUGUCCUCAACUGCGGGAGGCAUUCUGCCCAUUACGAAGCUUGAUGGUGUUCCGGUAGGGGAUGGGAAGCCCGGCCCUAUUACCAUGAAGGUUUGGGAUGCGUACUGGGGGAUGCAUGAUGAUGCAGCAUAUAAUUUCCAGAUUGAGUAUACUAGUCCUUGA